GUAGAAUUUCGAUAUUGUUGACUAUGAACAUCAGAUGAGAGCUGCUGCAAUACUGCCCCUGAGUAUUGUGACUGCGGUAUUUGCGAGGUACUAACGCGCCAAUGGGUGCUCAUCACAAUCUGCGAAGAGUAUUUAUGGCCUCUCUCCUAAGCUGCAACUUGAAUGUGCAUUUUGUAAUCAAAGAGGUUCGCAGACAUUCCCCGCUCUCAGGGGGCGCCUAUGCACUGGACCGGGAGCUACCCGAAGGGUCCACUCCAGUCGCAGUCACGCUAACACACAGUCUGAAUUCUCGAAGAUCCUAGGAAGUAGGUUCGAAGAAGUGCAUCUAUCUCGAAGCCAAGCACUACAACUCCAACCAUGUCCAACCCCACCCGCGUCGGCAUCAUCGGCUUAAGCGCCAAAGGCAGCUGGUCUGUCGCCGCCCACCUCCCCUACCUUCUCCAAAGCUCCAAAUACACCGUCACCGCCAUCUGUAACUCCUCCGUCGCCAGCUCUCAAGCCGCCAUCAAAGCCCACAAGCUCGCCUCCACGACCAAAGCCUACGGCUCGCCCGAGGACCUGGCCCAAGACAAAGACGUCGACCUUGUCCUUUGUGCCGUCAACGUAGCUCAGCACCGUCAGACCCUCCUCCCGUCCCUCCGGGCGGGGAAGGACGUCUACUGCGAGUGGCCGCUCGGCCGGAACCUCCAAGAGGCACUCGAACUGAAUCAGCUCGCUAAGGAGAAGGGGGUGAGGACUCUUGUAGGAUUGCAGAGCCAGAAGUCCCCCGUUGUCGCAAAGCUGAGGGAGGUCAUUUCCCGAGGGAAGAUUGGGAAUGUGUUGAGUUGUACUUUUGUUGGCCCGGCGGGGUACGUUGGCCCUGAGGAACCGGUCCAGACAGAGUACUUUAUUAAGAAAGAUGUAGGGGGAAAUCUGGUGACGAUCUUUUUCGGCCACUCGAUCGAGACUGUCUUCGCGACGCUGGGGCAGUUGAAAUCGUUUAGCUCCAUUUUGGACAUAAGGGUUCCAACAGUGGACUUAGUUGACAAGUCGCCUUCGGAUCCGGAACGCAAGGUGGUUCGUACCGUAGAGAGGGAGACGCAUGAUCAGGUGAUGCUACAGGGACAUUUUGAGUCGGGGGCUUUGCUAUCAUAUCACUUGCAUGGUGGGAAAGCGAUUGCGCCCGGUGAGGGGCUACAUUGGAGGAUUUUGGGGGACAGGGGGGAGCUGAGUGUCACUGCUUCGGGCACCAUGUUGCAGAUUGGGUAUCCGGAUGUGAAGAUUCGGUUGUUUGAUAACAGGACGGGUGGCAUCGAGGAAGUUCAGGUGCUGAGGGAUGAAUGGGAUGAUCUGCCUAUGCCGGCGCAGAACGUGGCUAGGCUGUAUGAGGCGUUUGCCGAUGGGAGGAAGGAGGACCACCCGGAUUGGGACGCUGCGGUGCGCAGGCAUAGGCUGAUUGAGGAGAUGUAUGAGAGGGAGCGUCAGGGUAAGCAGGAUCAGAAAGCAGCUUCCCUGGACUCCUGAAUAUGUAGAUAGACUAAGAAGACAUGAAAAAAUGCAAACGGAUUUGUAAUGUUUGACUUGGCUUACGGGGAAAUACAAAUAGUUUACAUUAUCAUAUCCCCGCUACUGAAGUUAACUCAUC